AUGGGAGAACUUGAUUUGAACCAGGAGUAUUCGAUCAUAGGGGGGGAGAUGGACGAGAUUGGGGAGGAGGAGGAAACCUUCGCAAGCAAUGAGGGGUCGGAGGAGGAUCAGCGUUUCGAUUCUAUCGUAGGCGCCCUUGAGGAAGCAGUCAUGGACCCAGCAUUCGCCAGUCUUCAACAAGUCUUCGUUGACGAGUGGUGCGGUGCGUACAUCCCGCAACAACUCCUACGGGAGUUCGAAGACGUGGAGGAGAAUAGACUCAUUUACACGGACCUCUUUCGGCAGUACACGCGUCUGGUCGAAAGGCAUCUCGACGGAUGGCUCCGACAACGCAUCAGGGGCUUCGAAAUGGAGACGUUCAUGAAAAUGGUGGCCGAGCGCCAGGGCGAAGUGGUCGACGACGUGAGCGAUAUCCUCAUGGCCGUGGGAGACUUCGCCGAGUUCAAGGGCAUGAUGGUCGCUCACCGCAAGGGGCGCGACAACGGCUUGGUGGUGACAUCAUCUUCAGUGGGGGAGGAGGAAGCUAAGACCGGGUGGCACCAACACGCAGGGAGAGGGGGCGUGGUCGAUCCUUCGGCAGGGCCGACAGCAAGCGCGGAAGGCGGUAGUGCACGCCAGACGUGCACUGUUGCUGGUGUGGGAGAGACAGCCGGAAUACGGAGGGGAACCCCAGAUGCUUUCAACACUGCCGCAGAAAGCAAGUGGUGA